CGAAUCACACAUCCUUUUCAAUGGCGGCCAAUGCGUUCAACCCGGAACUGGUCAACCUGACCACUGCAGAUCCGACUCAAGUCAUCUGUGCUCUCAAUGCUUCCGGAAACGAUUAUGACGGACGACUUGGUGCUCGGAUCUCAGCGCUGUUCGUCAUUCUCAUCGUGUCUACAGCUGUGACUUUCUUCCCAGUUGCUGCGAAACGCGUUAGAUGGCUAAAGAUUCCGCUGUAUGUUUAUCUCUUUGCCAGAUACUUUGGAGCAGGCGUGAUCGUGGCCACUGCUUUCAUUCACUUGCUGGAUCCUGCGUACAGCGAGAUCGGACCACAGACUUGCGUCGGUAUGACAGGCGGCUGGGCACAGUACUCUUGGCCUCCAGCUAUCGUUCUCGUUUCUGUCACUGUGAUCUUCCUGCUCGAUCUUGGCGCAGAGCGUUAUGUUGAAGCCAAGUAUGGCGUUCACCAUCACCAAGGCAAUCUGGAAGAUAUAGCAACAGGCAGAGUGCAUACCCAUCAUGACUCUAUCACGCCAACCCCAAUCUUACAUGAUGACCAGGCUCUAGAAAGAAAGGCGACAGAGCCCUACCAAGCAAUGUCUGAAGAGACCGUCGACCUUGAGAAGUCUACUUUGAUUCAGGAGAAUGCCUUCCAGACACAGUUUGCUGCUUUCCUGGUCUUGGAAUUUGGAGUCAUAUUUCAUUCGGUUGUGAUUGGAUUGAAUCUGGGUGUAGUCGGCUCAGAAUUCAACACUCUAUACCCUGUUCUUGUCUUCCACCAAUCAUUCGAAGGCCUCGGUAUAGGUGCUCGCAUGUCAGCCAUACCGUUCCCUGCUAGGUACAAGAAUUGGCUUCCAUGGUUCUUGUGUACUGCCUACGGUCUUACAACUCCUAUCGCGAUUGCCAUCGGACUUGGACUUCGCACUAGAUACGACCCGAACUCCUUUACUGCAAACGUGGUUAGUGGUAUACUCGAUUCGAUCAGCGCUGGCAUAUUAAUCUUUACUGGUUUGGUCGAGCUUUUGGCCAGAGACUUCUUGUUUGACCCAAACAGGACAGAAGACAACAAGAGGAUGGGGUUCAUGGUGGGUUGUUUUCUACUGGGAGCUGGGAUUAUGGCUUUGUUAGGCAAGUGGGCUUGAGUACCACAUCGCAAGAUGAUGAUCACCGAUGUCCGAAACGGAUUGAUAUUGGAGAACAAUCGAUCUGAAGGUGUCAAGGACGCUGGUGUCAUGAAAGACCUUGGGGCCGAAGGAAGUGCCGUCGAUGCCAGUCAGCGACUCAUAGCUUUGCCGUGGUUCAACGUGUUCAUAGUUGCCUUCAAUCGCUAGGUUGCAGGUGUAGGAGUCAAGAUGCUCCUGGAAGAUCUCGAAAUUGAAGCCAGAAAGUGUUCCCGUAGAACCAUACUCAGGGUCGAUGACCGAAAAGGUAUCUGAAUUUUCUUUGCAGAC